GAGGUCCAUCAAAAGCUAGGCGUUUAUGGCCUUAUCCACGCCUUUGUUCUGUGACUCAAGGGUUGGGAGUAGUUUGUGCGUCUCUCAGUUAAUGAUAAAAUGUUUCACAGUGGAUAAGCUAUAUUUCCCCGCAGUGUAUUGGAUAGCGCAGCAUUUGGCAACCAAGUUGAGGAGCACACACAAUGAAGGACAAAACCCAAUUUGAACUCAAGAAUGGAAGCUUGGCUAAUGAAAACGGAAACGUGGCCAUUGGAAAUGGAGUGUACAACCGUGCGUUUGAAAUUGAGCAGGACAUCACAGUCGAUGAGAGCAACACCAAAGAGCAAACGGAGCGGUCUAAAGAGGGACUGGGAUCAUAUCUAAGCCAAAUAGUCAAGCCGAUUCACGCCGCCGAGGAUUACGUGAAAAAUCACUCCAAAGUCUUCAAGUACGUUUUGCUGGGCAUACUCGGAGCAGGUUAUUUGGCAUACUUCAUUGCAGCCUGUGUUUUGGAUUUUGAGCGGGCCACUGCCCUGGUGGUCCUCACCAGUUUGGUUUUUGUGUCCAAGUCCUAUGACCUUAUCAAGAAGUACAAGGGAAAGAGCAUCAGUCUGUGUUUUCGACCCGUAGUACGUCGUUUCAAAUCCAACUUAAGAUGGCUCAAAUGGGUCUUCAUCGUGAUUGUAGUGGUCCUGCUGGUGCUGUGGCUCGUGCUAGACACGAGCCAGCGUCCUGAGCAGCUUAUUUCCUUCGGGGGUGUGUGCAUGUUCAUCCUGCUUACGUACCUCUGUUCGGCCCACAGGACAACAGUGUCUUGGAGGCCUGUGUUUUGGGGCCUUGGGUUGCAGUUCUGCAUCGGACUUUUUGUCAUCAGAACCGAGCCUGGACUCGUUGCUUUCCAGUGGCUCGGGCAACAAGUGCAGAUUUUCCUGGACUAUACCAAAGCAGGAUCUUCAUUUGUUUUCGGAGAUUUGGUCAACGGGAUCUUUGCCUUCCAAGCAAUGCCUAUCGUUGUGUUCUUCAGCAGUAUAAUGUCGGUGCUUUACUAUCUGGGGUUAAUGCAGUGGCUCAUCCUGAAGAUCUCAUGGAUUAUGCAGAUAACAAUGGGAACCUCUCCCACAGAAACUUUGAGUGUAGCAGGCAAUAUAUUUAUUGGCCAGACAGAGGCGCCACUGCUGAUUCGGCCCUAUUUAAAAGACAUGACGAAAUCUGAGAUCCAUGCUGUUAUGACUGGAGGAUUUGCCACAAUUGCAGGCAGCGUUAUGGGAGCAUUCAUCUCAUUCGGGAUCGAUGCAUCCUCCUUAAUAUCAGCCUCGGUCAUGGCUGCUCCCUGUGCACUUGCCUUCUCCAAGCUGUCCUUCCCAGAGACUGAGGAGAGCCCCUUUAAACCAGAGGAGACUGUCAAAGUGGCUUGUGGAGAGGAACGGAACAUUCUGGAGGCAGCCAGCAGCGGAGCAUCAGCCUCCAUCACUUUGGUUGCCAACAUCGCAGCGAAUAUCAUUGCCUUCCUCGCCAUUCUUGCCUUUAUCAACGAGGCUCUGAGCUGGCUUGGAGGCAUGGUGGGAUACCCCGAAGUCACCUUUCAGUUACUGUGCUCGUACGUUUUCAUGCCGGUGGCCUUCAUGAUGGGAGUGCCGUUUGAGGAGAGUUUUACCGUCGCCGAGCUGAUUGGCAUCAAACUGUUCCUCAAUGAAUUUGUGGCCUAUGAGAAAUUAGCCACACUGAAGAGCAACAGACUCAACGGAGUGGAAGCAGUAAUUGGCGGGGAAAGACAGUGGAUUUCAGUCCGAUCCGAAAUCAUCUCCACUUAUGCUCUCUGUGGCUUUGCCAAUUUCAGCUCCCUUGGCAUCAUGAUUGGUGGCCUAGCCUCUAUAUGCCCAUCUAGAAGAACCGAUGUCUCGGUUCUGGUGUUGCGAUCCUUGAUCACAGCCACGUGCGUCUCGCUUGUCAAUGCUUGCAUCGCGGGGAUCCUAUUCGUUCCCACGUUGGACUGUGUGAAGUUGUUCAGUGAAUCUGAUUUCAACGGCACAGACGUAAACGUGCAGACCUGCUGCAUGGACCUCUUUGGAAGUGCUGUCAACAAUGGGAGCAUCUCAUUCGAGGGCUCAUGGAGCACGGUUAAAAAUGCCACCGUGUAUCUGGCUAAAUGCUGUCAGUGCUGCGGUGUCACUCAGGAGGCACUUUGUUUGUAACGGAAGACUUUAUGUACAGUAUAUCCUUGUUAUUGUAGUUGGGUUCCAUCGGUUGCCACCUCUGUACAAAUUUAAAAGCUGCUGGGAAAAGAAAAUAUUUUCCAAAGUUUACCUUCUGGAAUUCAAUUUGAGACUUUAAUCAACACGACUGAGUCUUUUUAUGCACUUAACGCUUUUUUCAGCUCUCUAGUUUUUACAAUACAGUACAUAUAUCCAUCCAUUUUCCGAACCGCUUGAUCCUCACUAGGGUCGCGGACAGUACGUAUAGUGAAUGUAAAAAGUCUACACAGUUCAAAUUCUGGGUUUUUGUGAUGUAACAAAAUGAAGCAAGAUUGUCCAUCAUUCCAAAAAGGUAUGUUUGGCACAAACACAACACUGCUCAUCACUAAAAGAACACCAAAGUGGGGCCUGAGGCAAGGUGGAGGAAUGAUGAACAAUUUGAAGUAAUUUGUGAGAGCACAAAACCCUCAGGCUUCCGUUAGAAAGAAAAAAUAAAUGGUCAAGAAAAGCCUACAAGGGCAACCGAUGUUUAUUUAGUGUUACUCAUAGGCACUUGAAUUGGUGGCAGUUGUGUGCUGACUCCCAUUUAACAUGAAUUUGAAUGUGCUUGGUUAAUUCUGAACAGAGACACGUCGCAGUUAGAACAGGGUGUGCACACUUGUGCAACCACGUCUCAGUGUUUUAGUUUUACUCCCCCUUCAAAAAAAAGUGAGUUGUAUGGUUUCAAGUGCACAUUAAUUCUUCAAGUAAUUCCAAAAAAUCUGUGUAGACUUUUUGACAUUCACUUUACAUAUAUAUGCGCACUAAUAUCGACGCACAUUCAUACGAGAAAAUCAAAGAACUAGAGUGAUGAAGAUUUAGAUUUUUUCCCCCCCAAGUGUAUACACUGUAGUGUUUUAAGAUAGAUAUACAGUAUUAACUGCCAUGUAUUAUAUUGUAAAUGAAUUAAGAAGUUCAAUUUUAUAGCUUGUUGAAUGUUAAAAGAAAAAUACCUCGGGUAACGUUCACGCAUCAGCUGUUGAAUGAAUGUAAAUAGCCCAAAAUCCAAUUAAUACAUUUUUAAUGGUUUAUUAUGUAUAGAGAUGCACAGCAUUGAAAAAAAAUCAAUAAAGACCCCUGUGUACUGA